AUGUCGAAUGUGACGGGAGAGCAGCUGUUCUGCCCUCUGCUACAGGCCAUGAAGGAACACAGCCUCAACAAUAACACAAAGGCUAAUAUUGUGGUGGUUUGCAUCCACGGCCUUGUUUCCUGCCUGGGGAUUUUGGAGAAUGCCCUCAUCCUCUGGGUAGUGGGCUUCCGUCUUCGGCGCCGUACUGUGGCUUCUGUUUGGGUGCUUAACCUGGCCAUGUCUGACUUCUUGGCGACUCUGACCCUGCCACUCUUCACCUUCUACCUUAGCUCCUCACAUAGCUGGGAGCUUGGUGGCCCACUUUGCAAAGCACAGGCUUCCAUCUUCUUCUUAAACAUGUUUGUGUCAGCAUUCCUGUUAGCAGCCAUUUCACUCGAUCGCUGCCUUAUAGUGGCCAAGCCGGUGUGGAGCCAGAAUCAUCGGUCAGUGGCCGGAGCGUGGAAGGUGUGUGCAUUGGGCUGGUUGUGGGCGGCAGUUAAUACAUUUCCAUACCUCCUGUUCCGCUCUGUGACUGAGAAACAGGAUGGGAGAAAACUGUGCUAUCAUAAUUUUGCGUUGUAUUCAUCCCCUCGAGUAACUCUGGAGAGAGACUGCAAAGUGAGACAGGCAGCGACCGCUAUCUCCAAGUUGCUGGUUGCCUUCCUGUUCCCUCUGGUGAUGAUUGCUGGGAGCUACAUCCAAAUUGGUGUCAGUCUGAGAAAAAGGAGAAGGAGGAGGAAGCAGAGUGCCAGCAGGCUCACUGACGCAAUGAUUGUUUCAAACAACAACGGGGCAUCUGGAUCACCAAACACUCCUACAACCAUGAAAACCAAUAUCUUUCUCAAGCCUCCAUCCUCUGGUCCAUCUUUAGCUCUGACACCGACUGCCUUGUCCCCUUCUACUAAUCCCAGCCAGUUGUCCCAGAGCUUCACCAAGAUGGUGACAUUUGUAAUAGCAGCGUUUGCACUAUGCUGGGCUCCCUAUCACAUCUUCUGCAUGAUUGAAGUCACAGCCCAGUAUUGGCACAAUAAUCUUUACCUGGUGGAGGUCGGGCUUCCCUUGGCCACAACCUUUGCUUUUCUGAAUCCAGUGUUGAACCCCAUUCUGUACGCCUUCAGCUGCCCAAACUUUUGUGUGCGAAUACAACAGAGUCUGGGUGCAGUGUUUGACGGCCUGGUGGAAGAAGGAGGCGGCUUACUGACGGUGCCAGGGAGAAGUUUAAGAGCUCAUAUCAGACGGAAGAGCAGUCGAGAUGUGAAUCUUGGAAUGCCAAAGGGUUCAUGUUCACCUUGUCCUUCUGACUUUCAACCCUCCUACCCACCACCUUCGCCCUCUAUUGGCCUCAAGGAGAUAUGCAUGGAUCGUACCAGACAAGGAUCGUACAACGAGGUGGAACAGGAUUAG